AAGAGGUUAAAGUAGCAUUUAAAUCAAAUGCAAGCAUGAUUUGUAACUCCACUGAAUGAAAAUUACUGUUAUAUAAGUUGACAUUAUAUGAAGAGAGCAAUGGUGCGUAGUGAAAUAAUGUGGAUGUUUUCUGAGGCUAUGAUUUUCAUAAUUAAAGAGUUGAGUGUAAUGUUGCUGUUGUCUUUUAUUUGCAUGUUUUCAUUUCUCUGUGUGAUAGCACUCAUGACACAACAGAUACUGUGCUAAUGGUGAUGUUCACAUUUUGUGAAAUUAUUGUUCAGUUUGGGAAGCAGAAACAUGUUGUUGUCUCUAACAUUAUCAAAACUGAAAGAAAAUGGAAAACAGAAAUGUAAAUGUUGAGGUUGUUCGUGUGAAGCUGCUGGAAAUACACUUCAUUCCAGAACAUCUCCACCACAUUCAAAUGAACACACUUCCACAGAAUUACAGCAACAAACACCAACACAGACAUCAACAGCAACAGAAGGAAAUACAUGUGAAUGAGGAAGAAAAAUGAAAAGGGCUUUUGUUUUAGAGUAAUAAACACAUGAAGUGACGGAUGAGAGCAGAUAUAAUCAUCACAGAGUUUGAAGCUGCAGACAGAAACAUCAGACUCAGAAACACACGACCUCUAAAAAAUGGAGCAAACUCUAUAUUUCAUUCUUCUUUUCAUUGCUCUCUGCUCCGUAUCUGAAUGUGUUCAGCGUCAGUAUCACUUUAUAAAUGAGAAGAAGACUUGGACUGAAGCUCAGAUAUACUGCAGAGAGAAAUACACAGAUCUGGCCACCGCUGACAACAUGAACGACAUGAAGGAGCUGAUGAAGAGUGUGAUUGAUGAACGUUUCUGGAUUGGGCUGCAGAAGACGGGUCGUGAUCAAUGGCAGUGGUCUUCAGGUGAACCUGUUAUCUAUCUGAACUGGGGAGAUAAACAACCUGAUGGCAGUGAUGAGUGCGCUGGGAUGAAAAAUGGACAAUGGCAUGAUUUGGGAUGUAGUAAUAACUGGCAAUUCAUCUGCAACAACAUGAACACAAGACUCGUCUUUAUUAAUCAGACGAUGAACUGGAGAGACGCUCAGAGUUACUGCAGACAGAAUCACACUGAUCUGGUCAGUGUGAGAAACCAGGAUGAGAAUGAGAAGGUUAAGAAGAUCAUUAGUGAUAAUAACUCAUCUGAAAAAUAUGUCUGGAUCGGUCUGUUCAGAGACUCAUGGCAGUGGUCAGAUCGGAGUAACUCUUCAUUCAGAUACUGGAACACUGGUGAACCUAAUAAUGAUGGAGGUAAAGAAAACUGUACAGCUGUUGCAAAGAGCGCUCAGGGACAAUGGAUUGACAUCUCUUGUAACAAAGAAUAUCCUUUUGUGUGUCAUGAAGAUAAACUGAUUGUGAUCAGAGAGAAUCUGACGUGGUCUGAAGCUCUGAGAUACUGCAGACAGAAUCAUGUGGAUCUGGUCUCGGUUCAUUCACAAGAGAUUCAGCGUCGUGUGAUGAACGUGGUACACCUGGCGUCUACUGCAGAGCUGUGGUUGGGUUUACGUCACUCCUGCACUGUGGGCAUCUGGUUCUGGGUGAGUGGAGAGACCGUGUGCUAUCAGAACUGGGCUCCAGGGAACGGCACAUCAGAGGAGGACUGUGAACACACAGUGAGAUCUGGAGCAGUUCAGUCUGGAGGAGAUCAGCGCUGGAUCAGCCGUCCUGAAACUGACAAACUCAACUUCAUCUGCAGCAGAUAUUAAGAGUGAAAGGAUACACAGACCUUCAUGUGAGGAAACAAGUGCUUGUGUGUUCACUUCCUUUAACUUCACUUUCAUUCAUCACUUUGUAAUGUAAUCAUUUUACAC